UGGUGGGCGGGAGUCAAGUAUGUGGCCGGCGGACAGUCAUUCUUCAUCGGCCUGGUCAACACCUUUGUUCACAUAGUGAUGUAUUCGUACUACGGCCUGGCUGCGAUCGGCCCGCACAUGCAGAAGUACCUGUGGUGGAAGAGAUACCUCACCUCUCUGCAGCUGGUGCAGUUUUUUCUUUUCCUCCUGCACACGGGCUACAAUCUGUUCACAGAGUGCGACUUCCCCGACUCCAUGAACAUAGUGGUGUUUGGUUACUGCGUCACCCUCAUCAUCCUCUUUAGUAACUUCUAUAUAAAAAGCUACCUCAGCAAGAAGAAGCAGAAAUAAGAUGCAGCGAUUGUGAAGCUUUGCGACUCCAUCAGCAGAAGAAAACUCUAAGGAUGGAAAAGGCAGAAGUACAUCAGCAUUAAGACUGACAGGAAACCAGACCUCAAAAACGCCAAAAUAGUGCAGCUAACAGCAUCAGCAGACGGUGCUCCCUCAGCUGCUCCUUCAACAAAGUUAAACAGGAAACAAAUGGUACUGCGCGCGUGAAAGUCAUACAUGAUGCCCUCUCAUGCACAUGUUAAAGCAUCACAGCACAUUAUCACAUGAAAGUAUUUCUAUGGUCCCAUCAUGGAAAUUAAAAACAAAUCAUCAAAUUAUACCAGCAAGAUCAGGUUUUAAAAUGUUAUUUUAAGUGUUUCACUCCUGUGAUGUUGCCAUAGGGACAUUGAGUGAAUCUUAAGUGUAGUUUGAUUUGUAAUGACCUCACUUUAGAUACUGUAUUUAUCAGUAUGGUAUGAAUAGUCUACAUGUUUUACAACAGUAUGUAAUUUAAUUGUCAUGUUUAUUACUACAAUAAAAUUUAAUGUAAGUGGACAAAAAGUCUACAGAAAUUAACUUUGAGUUAUAAAGGUGGUCAAAAA